GAUACACAGCACUAGGGCUGCUCUACGCCCUCUUCAGGUACCAAAGCUCGCGGCUAGCAGCCAUGACGGACUGAGUCUACUUGCUCAAGACGCUAUGGUGGAGCUUUCAGAGCUCUCGGCGCCACACUGCCUUCUCCUUGCCGUCCACUAUGCCGCUGAGGCCAACAUCACGGCUCUACAGGAAUUGACCUCACGCAGGCACGAUGCCUUUGAGCCCGCCCUCAUCUUCCGCAUUCUCUUAACAUAUCUGCCCGAAAGCAUAGACCCCUCACAGUACACCGGAUAUAUUCACGACAUUGCGGCAGGGUCGCGAACACAUGACGACGAGCCCGCUGUGGCCCUGGAUGUUUCGUUGGUAAAGACCCUCUCGGGUUCACAGGCUCGCAGGAGGGUGCAUAAGUUGCAUCUACAGCCUCUCGCACACUCUCUUUACCAGGCCGAGUCGUCCCUAGACCCGUUGACGUUAUUCCUGCUACACCGAGCCCAUCAGAUCGACGCAGAGACCGGCCUCCUCGACCUUGUCCCCCACCUGGUCAGUCCAUUCCUCGAAAGUUCCGUGUACCUGCGAACAUGGUUCAUCUCAACCGUUCUGCCUCUGCUUCGGCUUGCCUAUGAAUACUACCCGCAGAAUCCGACCCCUUCGCUCGAGGCUUUCGCACAGAUGAAGGGAAGAAAGGCCGUGGAAAGCCAGCUGCUAUAUCUUCGACGGUCUGGAGGAACCGUCCCCGACACACGGGACCCUGCUCGAGACAUUCGGGGCGUCGUGGGCCCGUGGAUGUGUGGAGCUAGGGAGCGUAAUUGUCGAGAAUUGCAUGUCCACCAUCUGAGAGGGACCAUUGAUGAGCCGCAGAGCCUGGAGCUAGAUGAUUGGGGGUUCCUUUUUGAUUGGCUGGUGUCCACAGCCAAGGAAGACUUUGCCUUGGCAUCUUCUGCUAUUAUGGGCUGGGAUGGACCCAAGGAUCUAAGCUUGGAAGGAUACGGUGACGGCCACAUGUACAUCGACGACGAGCGCCAACGCCAGCUUGAAUUAAGAUACGCUCAAUCAGCGCUAGCAUGCCUCUACCUGGUUGAGAAUAGCAGCGUGGAGACUAUUCAGACAGCACACUCCGUUUUAGUGAGGCUAGCUACUCUUCUCAACAUGGAAACGCCGAGGGACUUGAAUAUGGACGUUGGAUCGCUUCCCGUUUGUGACCUCAAUCCCUUGAUUCCCGACGAAUAUGCCUCUACCGCCCUCCAGGACGAGCAUAUGCUUGAGCCUAAUAACAUCCUUACGCAACCCGACCGAAAGUCGAUCCGUCUUCUUGAGCUCUUCAUUUCCUCAGCGUGCGUACUCUCUAGCAUGGAGUAUCAUGUAUCGGUAAGAGACUUAGCGAAAUUCUACCUGCGCAAUGACAAUGGUGAACAAAUCUCGCUCAUCAAAAAGAUUCUUCACUCUCUUAGCAGUGGCCCAAAGAAAGACGCUCAUGAAUGGGAAGUGUUCAGAUCAAGACUGCUUUGGUUGUGGAACUGGGGGGCAAGCAGCCAGGAGAAUAGACAAGGCAUCUUCGCGCGCAUAGAGAGCCAAGUGAUUGAGAUCGAAAUCCUUAAAGCACUUCUGGAAAGUGGCCAUUAUGGGUUAGCGACUCAAAUCUACAUCCAGAACUCAUUCGAGCACCGGCCAUUACCUCUUUCAGAGGCCGAAAAGGCCAUCCUGGAAACUUCGAUGCACCAUUACGACAAUGCGAGCAAUGGCAACCGCACAAGAGGAGGGAUGAAGAGGGCCUCAGAUAUUAUUGCCACCUUUAUUUCUUACUUUCCCGAUUCAACCCGCUUUCAACGAGCCCAGGCACUUCUCUCUGCAACCCACGCCAUGUCCUUCUACUCACUGAUUUUGCAACACGGCGUCCCGUUCCAACCCGUCAAUAUCAGAGUCAGUGCGAAUCCCCUGUCCUUGUUGUCAAAGGUGCUUAUCCAGAAUCACGGGAGCUACACUCAUCUCGAUGAUUUGAUAUCUAUAGGGCAGAAUCUUAUCGUAGCUAUGCCAUCGACGCUCAUGGAUGAAGAGCCACGUUCUUCUCUAUUAGAUCCUGCCGAGAUGGGAGGAAAGAAAGCUGCUGCUAAACGUCGUGUAAUUGGAAUGGCUAUUGAAGCUGCUCUGGCUCAAGACGAUUUUGAGACGGCUUAUUCCUACGUCGUCAAUCACCUCUCACCGCCGUUAGUAUCCCCAGAUGUAUCAAUGGUGGCGUCUACAUUCUCUUUUGAUUCUAAUGAGUCAACUGGUCAAGAUGUCGUGGAAGAUGUGUGGCGCGCGGCACUUCUUGCUGGACGGCAUCAAUCUUCACCAAUGUCCUCCUCAACAGCAUGGACAGGGUCCACCACCCACCCCGAUCUAAGGAGAUUGGAGCAGCGAAUGGAACUACUUUCGCAAGCUCUCCUUCUGGCUCCACUAUCUCAUCUGGAGGAAGUUCUCAUCGUGUGGCAGCAAUGUGAGGCAGAGAUGGCGAGACUACUCGCAGACGAGGUAGAAGCAGAAGAACGGUUUAACGAUCUAGCUGACCGUCGACUUCCGGGUGCGUUUGCCAACGAAACAAUCGCGGUUCAGCCGCGGCGUGAAGUUGGACGCGGUGCGGUCGAGGAAGCACCCAUGGGUUUGUUUGAUGUUGCUCGAGGAGCCGCGGCUGCAUUUUCUAAGAGCGCUUUCCCCUUGAGAGGAAUCAAUCCAGGAGCUUCGAUAAUAGAAGCAAGCGAUGCUAGGGCUUCUCCGAGCCGCUCAUCAUUGGAAUUGGCUAGCGACUCUGAGAGCAUUGGCGGUGCGGAUGAAAGAAGUAAUAGGGCUAGGAAGAGGGAUAUGGUUGCUAGUGCGGUCACGGGAGGUCUUGCGAGUGGGAUUGGCUGGGUUCUCGGUGCCAAGCCUGUACAAGAUCAGCAGCGGGAAUAGACUGAUAGAAGUUAGAAAUACUCAAAACGCACGUAGCUUCAUUUCGCUUCAAUUGCGAAAUUGCGAAAUUGUAAAGAGGCAUUCCUCACCUCUUCUGCGAUUCUGCGAAGCAGCCAAGUGCCAUUGACCCUUUC